AUGCGCAUCAAUGGAUGUCGGUUGGCCCGGUUAGCCGCGUCGCAAUUCCAUCCUCUCCAUAAACUUGACAAUUCUGCCGCGCAUUGUUGCCUUGUGCACCGAACGAUCUGUCACCAUCCGCGCCGUCCAGUCGCCCGCGUCGAGCCUUCGUUACCAACGCCUCAUCUCGAGCUCAGAAGGGGGGCAAGAACGAGGACUACGGUCAAAGUCAAGGAUCUACCGCAGGGAACAUUGAAGCUCGAACCGUAUGACGACGCUACGGACGAUGCGCCUCGAUAUCCCACGGUCGUACAGGGACAUCGGAAUAACAUGCAGAAAUUCAGGAAUUGUGUUAUUUUGACUCGAGUAGGGGGCUUCUACGAGCUCUACUUUGAGCAGGCUGAAGAGCUAGCUCCGUUACUGAACUUGAAGCUCGCCUUCAAGAAGACCAGCGCGGGACCUGUUCCCAUGGCAGGAUUUCCCUUCUUUCAGCUAGAUCGGUUUCUGAAGAUACUUGUCCAAGACUUGAAUAAAUACGUGGCUAUCAGCGAAGAGUUCGCCAAUGCCGCUGAGGAUAAAGCCCGGAGUGGUUUACUCUUUGAUCGCAGGGUAGCCAGAAUUAUCACGCCAGGUACCCUAAUCGAUGAGAAGUUCAUGGACCCUUCGGAGAACAAUUUCUUGCUGGCGGUUUAUAUGGACGUGCCAGCCUUGAAAGCGCAGUUAGAACAACAGGAGGGUGAUUUGUCUGCGCCGCAGCACAUAUUGUCAUCCGCAUCCCAACGCGUAGGCUUGUCCUGGCUCGACUUAUCCACAGGAGAUUUCUUCACACAAUCGACUACCACUCAGAUGCUUCCUUCGGCGAUUGCUCGGAUCGGAGCGCGGGAGAUACUCGUGGACCAGAAACUUCAAGAUCUCAUCGGGCAGGAGCUGCAACUUUUGGUUGGGCAUGACCAUCGUUUGAUGACCUUUUUCGCAUAUCCCAGCAACAUUCUACCUAUAUCACAGUGGAGCUCUGUGCUUGAGGCGCCAAUAGCUGACCAAGAUCCGGAUGCCUUCACGCCGGAAGAGAUCGCAGCCGGUUAUAGCUUGCUGGAGUAUAUCAGAGUCCAGCUGCAGGGCGUGAAUCUGAAGCUUCAGCCGCCUCGUCGUCGACAUCUGAACGAGUCUAUGAACAUUGAUCGUAACAGUCUGAGAGGCCUGGAAAUUCUCGAAACGGCGCGGGAUGGCUUUGGAAAAGGAAGCUUACUACAUGCGGUGCGCCGGACGUCUACCAAAAGUGGAGCACGUCUGCUGAGAGAUCGCCUGACAUCCCCUUCCACGUCAUUGCAGGUAGUCAACGAACGACUCGAUCUUGUAUCGGUCUUUCUCGAAAAUAAUGAUUUACGCGACAGUGUAAUCCAACUGCUCAAGCGAAGCUAUGAUGCUCAACGCUUGGUCCAGAAAUUUACAUUGGGGAGAGGAGACGCAGACGACCUGAUCUGCCUUGCCAGGGCCGUCCAGGCUUCGAGAGAGAUCAAGAUGGUUUUAUCAACCCAAGAUAACGGCUGGCUUGACAGUUUGCCUCAUAUACAGUCCAUCGAUGCCAAGCGUAGUCUCGCAGCUAUGACUGGUCGACUCUGUCUGGAUGGACCGACCAUGCUGGCGGAUCGGAUUUCAGCUGCCAUUGACGAAGAAGGUCUACUGCAGAAGCAGCGUCUUGAGGAUGAUACGGCUGCUGAAGCGGCGAUUCUGGCACAGGAAGUAGCCAUGAGCGAGGGUCUUCCUGGAGAAGUGGAGGCGCUUCCCAAAAAAGUGAGAGCUAAGAACAGCGAUCAAUCCAAGACCUCGGCGGAAGAAACAACCGCGCCUGACACUUGGAUCAUGAGGCGCAAUGCCAGUGCAGCUCUUCUCGAACUACAUGAGUCCUUGGACCGGCUGCAGGAUGAAAAGACGCGUCUUACUCAACGUCUUCGGGAAGCCGUCGGAUCUUCCGCCCUCUCGUUGAAAUGGACUCCUGGCCUGGGACAUAUUUGCCAUGUCAAAGGAGCCAAAAUUUCCCAGCAGUCUCUAGAGGAGCUAGGUGUAACGCGGAAUGUGUCUUCAACCAAGUCGACACGGUCCUUUUACCUUCCCGCCUGGACAGCGUUGGGUAACCGAAUGGACCAGGUGAAAGUCCAAAUCCGACAAGAGGAACAGGCGAUCUUUGAGGCACUGCGCCGCGAAGUGAUUAUCAACCUAGUGAAGAUUAGACGCAACGCAGCCGUAAUGGACGAGCUUGAUGUUGCAUGUUCUUUCGCCACCUUGGCUCAAGAACAACGUUUUGUACGUCCGAUCCUCACCAAUGGAGUAACCCACAAGAUCGUUGGAGGAAGGCAUCCAACAGUCAAGCUUGGGCUCGAGGAGCAAGGGCGACAGUUUGUCAGUAACGACUGCUUCUUGGGCUAUUCGGAGAGGAUCUGGCUCAUCACUGGCCCAAACAUGGCCGGUAAAAGCACGUUCUUGCGCCAAAAUGCGCUCAUCACCAUCUUGGCACAGGUUGGGUCAUUCGUGCCAGCUGAGUAUGCGGAGAUUGGCAUUGUAGAUCAGAUAUUCAGUCGCAUUGGAGCAGCUGACGAUUUAUUCCGAGACCAGUCCACUUUCAUGGUGGAGAUGCUGGAGACGGCCACCAUAUUGAAGCAGGCGACAGCGCGCUCCUUUGUUAUCAUGGAUGAGGUUGGCCGCGGGACAACGCCAGAAGACGGGACAGCAGUCAGUUUUGCCUGUCUGCACCACCUGCACUACCGCAACAAGUGCCGGGCGUUGUUCGCAACCCAUUUCCAUGCUUUAGCGGACAUGACCGAUGACUUUGAGGCACUGGGGCGAUACUGUACCGAUGUGAAAGAGACCGCGUCGGGGUCGUUCUCAUUUGUCCAUCGGCUGCGCAAGGGAGUGAACCGUGAUUCCCAUGCGCUGAAAGUCGCGCAGCUCGCAGGCUUGCCAAAGGAGACCCUAGAGAUGGCCAGUCGAGUGCGACAGUCGUUGGGUAACCGCGCUCCACGGACUUCAGGCGGCAGCGAUAGCCAUACUAUCGCGGCAGCAACCGCGUAG